GUAUCAUAGACGCCCCCCUGUCCAUUCACCCGUAGCGCGAUCCGGUUAGCUCUCCUUUCCCUCAUUCUCACGAAACAAAAGAAUAAAAAAUUAACCAAAAAAUUUAAAAAGAUAAACCGCCAUAGCCUCCUAUAGCAGCUUCUUUGUAAUCGGAUGAAACAGAGAACGAAUAGGUGCGUAGUGCGCAUUGAUCUGAGCCGGCUAAUGAUCUCCAUCAAUAAAAAUCGAUUAGUUUGUGAAUGGUGACGCAGUUCGGUAUGUCGAUUCGGAGUUCGCUGAAUUCCGAGGCUUCUCGUGCUUUCGUCGUCCUUCUGACUUUUCUUAACUUCUUUCCAGGUUUCAUCUUAACAGCAGUUGUAACGCUUGAUUCGAUUGAAAUAUAUACUACUCACGAAUGGAUACCGAAAUCUAAACCGACGGUUUAUUUCCAAUGUAAAGGAGAGAACAAGACGAUUUUGCCUGAUGUCAAGCGCGCAAAUCACAUAUAUUCUUUCAACAAGGAAGAAUCUUGGCAGCCGCUAACAGAUUUUUCGGGCCAGAAAUGCAAGCGCUGUGGGUUUUAUGAGGCAGAUAUGGUUAAGUCAGAUGAUGUAUAUGACGAGUGGGAGUUUUGUCCUUCUGAUUUUGCUGCUAGUAAGGGGAAAUAUACUCGAGACAAGAAAAAGGAAUUUAAGGCCGCUUUUCUUUGUCUGGGGUGCAAGCCUGAAGCAAGCUCUUUCAAUUCAACCUCUAGCACACCUAAUGGAGAAAAGAGGUGGAAUGUUGGCAUAAUAAUACUUAUCACAGUACUUUCUUCAACUGUACUGAUAAUCGGAGGGGUGGCAGCAUGUAGGUUCUGGCAAAAGAAGAAGAGAGAACAAGAACAAGCUCAGUUUUUGAAGCUGUUUGAAGAUGGGGAUGACAUUGAGGAUGAAUUGAGCUUUGGUAUGUGAUAUGAUCAAUUACAAUAACUUGAAUAUCUCCUGUACAGUGAGUUGGUCUUACAAAAAAUUUGCUCGUGUGAUUAUAAAAUCAAAAAAAAAAAUCCGCUUUUUGUUAAUUUUUGCACAGUGCAUGUAAGCAUAUGAAGGUAGUGACUGAUGUGCUCUGGCUUACACACAUGCAUAUGCUAUCGUAGGGUGACCUUGUAGUUUGGCAGAGUAUAUUGUUGUUAAUGAUAGUAGGAAAUUCAUCA